AUGUUAUUCGACAAAGCUAAAGGACGAAAGUGGGAGCCCGGUAUGGACCUUCCACGGGGAGGUAAACCGAGAUUACGGAUAAAGCCAGAUGACCUUAAAAAAUGCCCCAGAGAUGGCGAAGGAACACUCGAUAAUCCCAUGGUGAUUUGGGCUGCUCGCUUGACGAAAAAACAACGACAGGAACUUACAGUCCCUGAGUUUGAGGAUGAAGCAGAUUUAUACCGUGCGAUCGAUGCUAACGCCGAUAUAGCAAAGACAGUAGCUAUAAGAAGUGGAUGUACAGUUGUGUGGAUAAUUUGUCCAGUUCACACUAGUAAGUACGUUUAUGAAAAUGGCGAAAGGGUGCCGACGAAGUGGGAUGAUGCUGGGAACCCAACGGAUUACCUCGUUGUAGAGGCCGAUCCACACAUGACUUUAAGACUGGGUACGAGCGAGGAUGUAUGUCUCCUCCAUGGUCACGCUAAUGUACUUGUGGAUGAGAGAGGGUUUCCGACAACAUUUACGACCGGCUUCCAGAGACGUUGCAAUGAACGUCUCACUGACGGCGACCAUAGGGUCCUUGAGCUUUUCGAGUGGACCGAGGAAUCUUCAACUGAGGAAUAUUUCCGCCAGGCAAAUGCAGACUACGAGCUCUUUAAGACAUUAACUAUGCGAGAUGAAGGAUGGGAAAUCGACGAUUUGGGAAACCAAGACGCCGAUUAUAACCCACCUGAUCACAUAGAGACCAUACUAGAAAAUGAUGCUAAGUAUGUACCUGUGGUAAAUGAAGAAGCUGAAUAUAUUAGCCCUGCAUUUGAGGAUUAUAUCGUCCAUAACUGGAGCCCUUAUCGAAGAUGGCCUGGAGAACCAAGGAUUGAAGGAUCCAUUUCUACCCGUAAUUUUGGUUUCAAUAUUCGGCAAUCUAGGUAUAAGUCUCCUAACAUAUCCCGAUAUUUUAAUCGGCGUCCUGAGGUUAUUUGGUAUUAG